UGCCAGCUUAGCUCCCAGACUGCUCUGAUUCAGGUCGGACCUAAUGCUUGGCGUCGCCAGAGUUCAGCCUCCUCCAAAUCGACUUUUCAUCCUCGCUCAAUUUGUCCUUUUCUCCUUCACCCUUGCAACAUUUUCUUCACCUUCCGAUCCGUCUCUUUCCAUUCGAACAUAUCCAGCAUUUCUUCAUUUCGCAGCUGCUAGCAAUUGGAGUUGUUUUCGUAUUUCGUCACGUUUUCCCCGUUCACGCGAUCUGAAUUUUUUUUCGCAGAAGCUGCAGCUGCAGCUCUUUUCUUAAACCCGCCUCAAGCUUCGACCCGAAGCUUACCGUCAUCUGGCCACGAUGUCAGAAUUCUUAGGAUCUCGCAUAUCUCUUAUAUCCAAGAGUGACAUUCGCUAUGUCGGUGUGCUUCACGAGAUCAACUCCGAAGAGUCGACAGUGUCUCUAGAGAAUGUCAAGUCUUUUGGCACAGAAGGUCGCAAGCGCGAUGCUGGGAAACCAGCUGAAGAAAUUGCACCAUCCGACCAGGUCUACGAAUAUAUCGUCUUCCGUGGCAGCGAUGUGAAGGAUUUGCGAAUUGAACAGGCGCCCGUGGUCAAGGAACAGGCACCACCCGCCGUACCCGAUGAUCCCGCUAUUGUUGGAGCACGACCCCGCCCUGGAGCUGCACCCGCAGGACCUCCUGCAGGACCUCCAGGCGGCCCUCAUGGCCACCAUCCGCCUCCCUUCCCCGGUGCACCUUACUAUGGAAAUUGGAAUGGUCAAGGGGGACCGGCAGGUCCCGGUGGCCCAGGAGGUCCAGGAGGCCCGGGAUUCAAUGGAUUCCCGUACCCUCCCCCGCCGAAUUGGUUCCCUCCACCUGGUCAAGCUUUCCCCCCUGGACCGGGCCCAUGGAACAACUAUGGAAUGCCGCCCCCAGGAGCACACCACCCUCCCGGCCCUAGCGGCCCUGGACCGCGACAGCCGCAGCAGCAGGGACCACAGCAGCCGCAGCAACAACAGGAGCAGAAGCCUGCCCCGAUUGGUGCGAGAGGUGACAAGGCUAGGACCGAGUCCCCUGCUGCACAGCAACCUCAGUCAAAACCGCCUGGUGGAGCAUCUGCUGCCAACCAGCCAGCACCCACCCCGCCUGUUGACUCCAAGCCGUCCGUAGAGGAAGUGAAGGCAACAGCUGCCUCUCUGAAUCAGAGUGCUGGAGCAUCUAGCGCCAAUAAGCAAAUCCCUACCGGGCCUAAAGGCACAAGAAUCACCCCUGCGGUUCCUUUGCCUGCCGCUCUGACUCAAAAGUCCGCUCAGCAAACGGUUGGCGUUGCCGCCAACACAGCAGCAGCUAUCAGGGACGCCACACAAGCGGCAAAGGCUGCUGUCGCUGUUGCUAUGGCUAAUAUGGAGCGUGGUGAUAACGGUGUUCCUCCAGCCGCACCCCAGCAAUCUAAUGGAAACAACAUGGAUAAUCUGACCAACAAAGUAAAUGAGAUGAGGGUCAAUGCCACAAGGGGAGGUAGCCGUGCGGGACGUGGCCGAGGCGGUCCGCGUCAGGCCAAGGUUGAAGUUCCUGAUUCGGACUUUGAUUUUGCUUCAGCCAAUGCCAAAUUCAACAAGGAUGAUCUUGUGAAGGAGGCCAUCGCUGGUGAUCCCCUCGGUGAGGCCCCGGCUGCGCCCGCAGCCAUGAAUGAAGAUCUGGCCGCUCCGCCGGCCUACAACAAAGCUUCGUCUUUCUUUGACAACAUCUCUAGCGAGGCGAAGGACCGUGCAGAGAACGGCGGUCAAAAGCCCGGCGGACGUGAGUGGCGCGGUGAGGAGCAACGUAGAAACAUGGAGACGUUCGGCCAGGGCAGUGUCGACGGAGGUAAUCGUUACGGUGGCUUCCGGGGCCGUGGCCGUGGUCGUGGCGGCAUACGCGGGAGGGGCGGUAACAGUGGGCGUGGUCGUGGCUUUCGUCGCGGUGACGGCCAGGCUACGGCUCAGUAGAGUUUGACGUUCCGGUCGUCCAGUAAACUCUCGACAAGUCAAUCCACGUGUGGCAUUCUAAGGCCCCCAUCGUGAGAACUUGUCCGCUUCCAAGGCCGAGAGCGAACCAAUUUCAUUAUCCUCAUAAUUAUCUUACGAUUCACUUUGCAACCCGAGGCUGCAUUCAAAAACUCAUUCAACGAUUCCACCCGCUCCCAUUUAUCUGAAAACACGAUGCCUUUUCUGGGCCAGUACUACUACCCCAAACAUCUGUCGUGUGCGGCAUGAGAAGAGGGACCCUCAGACCGGAAGCAACAACCAAUCAGCAAACAAGUGCGCGUCACGGAUCAUCAUAACUACCCUCGGCCACCAGGCCAAGUAGUCCGGUGCUUUUGAUUUCAUCGUAGGCUCAAGGACACUGAAAAACAGCGUCUGUUUCCUACAACAAGUGUAUUACUAGUACAGGGAGGCGGCAGGCUAGGCUUAUUGGGCGAGUGCACCUUAUUUCUUCUACGACAUUAUAUCAGCCACACAGCUGUUUAUAGGCUGAGGCAGGGCGGCAAGCCACUCUUGUUCUUCCAACUCCCUGGCGCAGGGGAAGGUACCAGCGUUUUGUACAUAAUUUUUAAGGCAAGAAAAGGCCUGACGAUGUGGGAAGCUGGAAGAACUGGGAACGACGAAGGCGGGUAACGAACUUCUGACGAGUAUUGAGGCAAUGAAAAAGCGUUUCUCUUGAAUUUGGAACCAUGCACCAAUGUAUGGUAUUCACGUCGGAGCGUUGCAACACGUUACUCAUGCGCUCAACAAUUGAUGGAAGCUGACUGCCAGCAGCCUCGGAGUAGCACGAUCUAGGUUCGUGUAAUGGAGAUCUUCAGGCCUCUUGUUUCCCAAAUCUGUGUAAUCAGUCUGUUGUUACGAUUAAUCGUGAUACGAGAUAAAGUGGUGCCAUCCAAUAAUAGUUCCCUUGGGGAACGUGAUAUUGGGGGAGCAGGGAGCAGGGCUUUUAUUCCGUCCACAGGAUGGCUGGACCAGACUAGAAUAGUUGCUGAACUAGGUAGUUAGUGACUGAAGGAUAGUCAGUCAACACCCAGUGAGUGUUGGUUUGGUUUGCCAAGACAACAGAUAAUAGCACCCGGACGAUUUUGAGAGUUGGGGCAUCGUUCAACCAUACCAAGGAUUGCAGGAUUGUUUGGCUUUCCGCCCUUUAUUUCUCUUGCAAGAGUCAGUUCAGUCUGUUUUGGUGACGGGUUGGGGGUUGACUUGUUCCCGUCAGCAUGGGGGAUUUGUACGUAAGUUUGAAAGUAAAAGUACUGUAUUCGAAGAAAUGCAAAAUUAGAAAGCCAGACCAGCUGAAUCAGGUUGCAUGCCC